CGCAUGCGCCCUGUGGUGCCGGCGCUGCCUGAGAACCGGCGAAGAAGCCGCCAUGCGGGAGAAGAAGGAGAAGCGGGGCUGCGGGGGCCGCGUCCUGUACAGCGCCGCCGCCGCCAUUUUGUCCGCCCUGGAGCGGCGCGAGGGCUCCCUGAAGAGCCUGGUCUACGGGAGCGGCUUCCCCAACGUCCGCCUGCUGUACGCCUUGGUCUCGGAGACGCUGCGCUACGGCCCGGUGCUGGAGAAGCUCAUGGCUGCCUCUGGGCUGCUCCAGGCCGGGAAGAAGAAGAAGGAGAGGCGCCUCUCUCCGGCGCUGGCCCGCGUCUUGGUUUACGAGCUUCUCUUCGGGAAGGGCCUCCGAGGCGGAGCGGGCUCCCUGCUCCACAAGCACCGCGCCCGCCUCCAGGCAGAGCUGGCCCGCCUCAAGGUCCAGAAGAAGGUGAGCAACAACCAGGACCUCUUGGCAGCAGCAGCGGCUCCGGCGAAUCUCCUCUUGCCUCGCUAUGCACGUGUGAACGCCCUCAAGACACGUGUCGAGGACGCAGUGGACUACUUCAAGCGCCAGGGCUACGCUUACCAAGGGAAAGGGGACGCCAAGGCCUUGGCGGAGGGGAAGAGGUUCCUCCUGGACCCCUUCUUCCCCGAUUUGCUGGCCUUCCCUCCGCAGACAGACCUCCAUUUGGACCAGCUCUACCAAGCCGGGCACCUCAUCCUCCAAGACAAGGCCAGCUGCCUCCCGGCCUUCCUCCUCGACCCUCCGCCUGGGUCCCACGUCAUCGACGCCUGCGCGGCCCCUGGAAACAAGACCAGCCACUUGGCCGCCAUCAUGAAGAACAAGGGCCGCCUCUUCGCCUUCGACCGCGACGCCAAGCGCCUGGCCACCCUCAGCACCAUGUUGGUCCGGGCCGGGGUCGCCUGCCAUGAGUUGGCGCACCUCGACUUCCUGACGACGGACCCCUGCGACCCCAAAUACAACCGUGUCCAGUACAUCCUUCUGGAUCCUUCCUGCAGCGGCUCUGGCAUGGCAGGGCGGCAGCCGUUUGAGGAAGACGAAGCAGAAGCGAUGACGCAAGACGCUCUCUCGGCGCGAUUGCGGGCUCUGUCCGGUUUCCAGCGGAAGAUGCUUCUCCACGCCUUGAAGUUCCCUGCCUUGCGCCGCUUGGUCUACUCCACCUGCUCCAUCCACCAAGAGGAGAACGAAGAGGUAGUGAGAGACGUCCUGGAGCAGCGGGGAAAGGACUUCCAGCUGGUGGAAGCCCUCCCUUCAUGGUCUCCUCGCGGCGUAGAUGUUUUCCCAGGCGCCAAGUGCUGCCUCAGAGCGUCGCCAAAAGAAACGCUGACAAACGGGUUCUUCGUGGCGGUGCUAGAAAGGCGGCACGUGGGAGACAAGGAGGAGAGCUUCCCACCAUUGCUACCCAAAGCUGGCAGUGAAGGAGGAACAAACAACCCUAAUCCUGAUGGCAAGAAGAAGAGGAGGAGGAAGAAACAGAGGCUCCAGUGAGCAAGCAACAUCUCUCCGAGGCAAUGCUGCUGCUGCUGCAGCGUGGAUGAACUACUAUGCAUCUGAGGAAAUAGACUGAAGUCUACGAAAGCUCAUGUUGCCAAGUUUCUUUCAGUUAGCCUCAAAGGUGUUACGUACUGAUUCUAUAGACUAACAUGGCUAUGUCCUUGAAUACUGUAUUCCCAUCAUCCUUUCCAAUGAGCCAUAUUGGCUUUGGUUGGUAGCAGCUGAGGUCCAGGAACGUCUGGAGGGCCUUGGGUUCCCUAUCAAGUUCAACUAUCACAGAAGGGCCUUGGGCCUAGGCUGCUUCUGCAUUGCAGUUUGCCACUGCUUUAGCGGCCAUGGCUCACACGCAGAAUCAAGACUAGCUUCCUUCCUAUCCCAAUUUUUACUUCCUCUGUAGGGACAGAGGAAUACAAGUGAAUCAUUUUUUAAAGUCACCAUUUUAGGCCUUAGACAUGUAGGCCUAUCUGCUGGCGAAGCCCAUCAUGGUGACCCAUGUGGUAGUUCCAAACAGUUAUGUUCAAAGGCAGCUGCCAUCUAGUUCUUUUGAACUACAACUUGCAGAACCCCUCACCAUUUGCCAUGCUGGACUGCAGCUCCUAUCAUCCAUCAUCAUUGGCUAUACAGGCUAGGGCUGAUAACAGCAGCUCCCCAUAACAGUUAAACUCGCUUAGUUGGAUUUUUGACAGAUGCCUGUGGAUUUUCUGUCAUAUGCUAAUGAUCAUAAUUAUACAGGGUUAUUAUAAUACAAUGCUCUGGUAAUGCAGUCUUCCUCAACUGGGCCUCCUCCAUAUACUUUGGACUGAUGC